GUCCCUGAAAGCAGGUGAAUUUAUGAUUUUAAUGUCACGCUUACGUCAUGACGUCCAGCGUGUGCCCGCCGCUUCCCAUUCGCGGAGCCGCUUCCCAUUCGAGGCGGAGGUGUUGCGACUCCGUGUACUGUACCCCCCCCUCCCCUCCCCUCCCCUCCCCGCACAGACAGCGCUGCGGGCCCUUUAAGGGUGAUGAAGCGGGGCCAGCAGAUGUAGGACAAGCCGGGCGCGCGCGCUUCCGCCGCCAUCCCAUCAUGGCCUCCGCUCCGCGCGCAUCGCCGACGGGCCCUUCCCUCCGCGUUCCGGACGCAGCCAAACCCAAAGAGCGGCACCGGUGAAGGCAGUGGGGAGAUCUGCGCCCCAGCAGAGAGACCCCCCUUCCCUCCCCCUAGCCCUGCCCCUCCAUGCCGUCCUCCAAAACCAGGUCCAGCUUCUGCAUCGAGGGGGGCGGAGCCAUGAGCCGGGAGCUGUCGGUGAACCUGUCCGUGCAGCAGGUGCUCGGCCUCUGGGUGCAGGGCGCGGCGCUGCAGCACUUCACAGAGAUGUGGUACUGGGUGUUUCUCUGGUGUCUCUUCUCCUCGCUCUUCGUGCACGGUGCCAUGGGGCUGCUCAUGUUGAUCCUGCUGCAGCGCCACAGGUGGGGCCGCCUCAUCACGGUGGUGCUGGUCAGUGGGGGUUUCCUGGCCUCCCUCUCUGGGGGAGUCAUCACCAGCGCGGCGGUGGCAGGCGUUUACCGCGUGGCAGGGAAGAACAUGGCUCCCCUGGAGGCCCUGGUCCUAGGCGUGGGGCAGACCAUGCUCUCCAUCAUCAUCUCCUUCUCGCGUGUCCUGGCCACGCUGUGAGGAAGACCUGCGGGGAAGGGGAACCUGACUUUGGGGCGGAUCAGGGGAGGAUAAUCCAGCAGAGACAUGAAGCUGCAUGGAAGGAGGAAGAAGGAGGAAGAAGGAGGUGCUGCAUGCCUUUGAAGUGCGCCCCCCAGUGUUUCUGCAGCUGUGUUGCAUGCAGCUCUAUAGUUGAGUGCAGAUCCUGCUGGACUCCAAAGCCAUGUUCCUGUCAGAUCCUUGUGUCAAAAGCAUGCUGAUGCUUCUGCAGCCAUGGACUGAAGGUUCCCUGCUGUACAUGUGCAGAGGAAGCUUGGAUCUUCACACAGAGAAGUGAUUUGGAAGUCUUGGGAUUAAAAAACCCAGCAGAGAUAAUCAGCAUCAAACUGCAGCUUCUGGUUGUGGUCAUCUGCAGGUCCAACAACGAAGAAGUUUUGAAUUUUGCACUUUGUCGGCUCUGCGACUUGUGAAGUCAGUGGAGUAGAAAGAUGUGCCAUCAAGAACUCUUGACAGAGGCUGGACUUCUGGUUGAACCAAAUGUCCCCAAGAAAACUGGUUCCAGAAGUUUAGAAUUAAGACUUUUUCUAAGAGAAGAAGAUGAGAUUCUAACUUUAUACAAACAAAUCGAAAAACCUGCAAGAUGAAUACAAGAAAAUACUCAACUGCUCCCCCUACAGACCUACCUACGCAAGUAAAUGUGUUUUUUCUCUCAAUAAUAAAAAAAACCUUCUCACCACUUAAAAAAAAGAUAAAAAAUGAAAUGAAAAUAUUAAUUUAAAUAAUAUAAAGCAUUAAAAGUGUAAAAAUAAACAAUUGGAAUUCUCUUUUAAGUUAAAAUUGUCAAAAUUCAACUUAGUUUUUCACACAUUUUACCAAAAUACGAAUGUAGGAAGUUGUUGGCCGUUUAGCUGCUUCUACUGUUUCUGGUCUCCUUGCUUCGGCUCCAUCUUCCUCUUCAGAUUGAUCUCAGUCUCAUCUUCAUCAUUAGAAUUGUGAAGCUUCAGAGCCUCUUUGUAAGAUUAGGCUCCUCCUCCUCCUCAUUUAGUUGACUCAGAUGUGUUUGACGGCAGCAUUUCUGCUGAUGGAGGUUUAAAAAAGGAAAAACGCCAAAGUUCUCCUUGACUCGUCUGUUUUUCUGACGCUGCUGCAUCGAUUCCCUUCAUCCAGUUUGGGACGCUUUUUGCACUUUUAGCUAGUCGUGAGGAGAAAACCCAUCAAGAUGUUUGUGCCAUGAAGCGUGUGAGCAGAUGAGCUCCUGAGUUGGGUGUCAGUCUUAGCUUUGCCCACAAGGGGGCAGUGUUGCACUGAAGUGUUUUCCUAAAACGUCACAACUAGACCCAGUCCCGCCCCAUCCCCUUUGGAUACACGCCAUGUGAACGGAUGUGGGGACAAUCCAACAGUGUUUCAUAAUGUAAAAUAUCUUCUUUCUUUUUUACAUUUUCUACCAGCUGAACCUGAUAUUUAUAACUGCUGCCUCUUUCUGUACAAAACCCCCCCUGAACUGUUUCGCUCUGCAGUCAGGUGGAAUAAAAAUGUUUUCAGAAAGA